AUGGCUACUACCAAACGAAAAUAUACAAUAAUUGCACAAAGUGAACUUGAUCAUGAAAAUCCAAUAAACAAUGAAAAAAAAAAUCAAGAUCAUUUAAAAAAAUCUAAAGAAAAAAAUAAAUCAAAAAUAACUUUGUCACGUUGGCCUGGUGAUGUAUCAAAUACAUUUCAACGUUAUAUAAAUAAAAAUAAAUUAAAAACAGAUCCUAAUUUAAGUUUUUAUCAAUUACCUGAUGAAAUUAUUUUAACAAUUCUUGCGUAUUUAAAUAAAGCAUCUCUUGUUGCUUUUAUACAAACUUGUCGAAGAUAUCGAGCAAUAGGAUAUUAUCCACCUUUAUGGCGUCGUAUUGAUAUGUCUUAUAAACGUAUUGACAGUGAACAAGUAAAUAGUCUUUUACAACGUGGUACAAUUACAUUAAAAAUGUAUCAAACAACAAUUGAAGAUUCAAAUUUAACUUAUAUUGAACCAUCUGCUUUGUGUCAUCUUGAUUUAACAUCAGCCAUUCUUUCACCUGAACUUCUUAUUAAUUUACUUAAUUCAUGUCGUUCAUUACGUAAACUAAGCUUAGAAUCUAUGCCAUUGAAUUAUAAAAUCAUCGAAAAAAUUGUUUUAAAUGAACAACUUGAUACACUUAAUCUUGCGAUGUGUACAGGUUUAACAUUGGAAUGUUGUCAAUUAAUAACCAAUAAACUUUCAUUAUUACGUUGUUUAAAUAUUGCUUGGACUGAAUUAACUUCUGAAAGUAUUCAACAUAUAUGUGAAACAAUUCCUCGUUGUAUUGAACAAUUGAAUAUCAGUGGACAACGUUAUAAUUUAACAGAUGAUUCUAUUCAAUUAUUGGUACGUCGUGCACUUCGUUUACGUGUUCUUGAUAUAAGUGAUUCAGCAUUAAUAACUGAUCAAUCAAUAAUUUCACUUCGUCAACAUUCACGUUUACUUGCACAUUUAUCGGCAUCACGUUGUUAUUUAAUUACACUAUCAGCACUCAUUACAUUAAAAUUAUUACCAGCUUUUACAACAUUGGAUAUGUUUGGUACAUUAACACAAAUGCCAUUACAACAAUUACAUAAUGAAUUUGGUACACGAAUUCAUUUAAAUAUGUUUCCAUUUUCAAAUAUUGCUCGACCAACAACAGGAAUACAACGUACAUCUAUUUGGGGUUUACGUACGCGAUUGUAA